AUGGCGGACAGCAGUUUCCUGCUUGCAAAUGCACAGAUCGUCGAUUAUCCCAUCGUCUACUGCAGUGAGAGCUUCUGCAAGAUUUCUGGCUACAACCGAGCCGAAGUGAUGCAGAAGUCGUGUCGCUUCAGCUUCAUGUAUGGAGAUCUGACGGAUCGAGACACGAUCCAGAGGGUCGAGGAAUGCUUGGAGAGGCAAUGCAUCGAUCAGUUCGAAAUCCUCCUUUACAAGAAGAACCGGACGCCAUUGUGGCUGUUGCUGCAGAUAUCUCCCAUCAAGAACGAGAAGGACUUGGUGGUCUUGUAUCUAUGCACAUUCCGGGAUAUCACGGCGCUGAAACAACCCAUCGAUGUCGAGGAUGGGAAAGUGGGGCUCAGUAAGUUUGCUCGCCUGGCAAGAUCGGUGACGAGGAAUCGAAGCGUGCUUUUGAGUCAAUUUUCGUCUCAUCUUCCCGUGAAAGACACAUUGAGCAAGCAGUCCCACAUCGCCCAUAUGAUGAGCUUGAAUGCGGAUGUGAUGCCUCAGUAUCGUCAAGAAGCGCCCAAAACCCCACCCCACAUUCUCCUUCAUUAUUGCGCCUUCAAAGCCAUCUGGGAUUGGAUCAUCCUCUGCCUUACCUUCUACACGGCCAUCAUGGUCCCUUACAACGUAGCCUUCAAGAACAAGACGUCGGAAGACGUGAGCCUUUUGGUCGUGGACAGCAUCGUGGACGUGAUCUUCUUCAUCGACAUCGUGCUCAAUUUCCAUACGACGUUCGUGGGUCCCGGCGGAGAAGUCGUUUCCGACCCCAAAAUCAUCCGCAUGAAUUAUCUCAAGAGUUGGUUCAUCAUCGAUCUCCUCUCUUGCCUUCCUUACGACGUGUUCAACGCAUUCGAUCACGACGAAGACGGCAUUGGGAGCCUGUUCAGCGCGUUGAAAGUUGUUCGUCUUCUGCGAUUGGGGCGUGUUGUGAGGAAAUUGGACCGAUACUUGGAGUACGGGGCGGCGAUGUUGAUUCUCCUCCUGUGUUUCUACAUGUUGGUUGCUCACUGGUUGGCAUGCAUCUGGUAUACAAUCGGGAGAGGAGAUGCGGACAAUGGGCUGACCUUCUCGUGGCCGUGGAAAUUGGCCAACACAACCCACAGCUACUAUUCUUAUCAGUGGCGAAAUGACACCCUAGAACACGAACUCGUGAAUGGACCCUCCCGUGGAACGAUGUACAUCACGUCCCUCUAUUUCACCAUGACUUGCAUGACCAGCGUUGGGUUUGGGAAUGUGGCAGCCGAAACAGACAACGAGAAGAUCUUCACCAUCUGCAUGAUGGUCAUCGGAGCACUGCUGUCGGCGACAAUCUUCGGUCACGUGACGACGAUCAUUCAGCAGAUGACUUCGGCCACUGCGGUGUAUCACGACAUGCUAAACAACGUCCGAGAAUUCAUGAAACUCCACGAAGUGCCGAAGGCGUUGAGUGAACGGGUGAUGGACUACGUCGUCUCCACCUGGGCCAUGUCCAAGGGGAUCGAUACUCAAAAGGUGCUCAAUUACUGCCCGAAGGACAUGAGGGCAGACAUCUGCGUCCACCUAAACCGGAAAGUUUUCAACGAACAUCCGGCAUUCCGAUUGGCGAGUGAUGGGUGCUUAAGGGCUCUGGCCGUCCAUUUCCAAAUGUCCCAUUCGGCUCCUGGGGAUCUCCUUUUCCACGUUGGGGAAUCCAUCGACACCCUUUGCUUCGUCGUUUCCGGUUCUCUCGAGAUCAUCCAGGACGAUGAGGUCGUCGCCAUAUUAGGGAAAGGAGACGUUUUUGGGGAUACGUUCUGGAAAGAUAUAAACAUCGGUCAGUCGGCAUGUAAUGUCCGAGCCUUGACUUACUGCGAUAUCCAUAGCAUCAAGCGAGAUCGACUCCUUGAAGUCUUGGAGUUCUAUCAUGCAUUCGCCAAUUCCUUCGCACGCAACCUCUUCCUCACUUACAAUCUCCGGCAUAGAUUGAUAUUCCGAAAGGUGGCAGACGUGAAACGGGAAAGGGAAUUGGCGGAGAGGCAGAAGCAUCACCCCGUUGAGGAACUGUCUCAAGAACACCUUGUCCGAAAAUUGUUCUCUCGAUUCCGGAAAGCGGGAACGGGUUCCGGGCCUGGAACCCCGGGAAGCGACCGAGGAUCCGAUGCAGAGAAAGGGGAAGGGGGAUCAGGAGCAGUAGCAGGAACAGCGGAUCACAAGGUCAAGCUCCCACCCACUGUAAGGGAAGCGAGUGAGGAACGUUUGAGUCCACCUCCUCAGCCUCUACACCAGGUCGCACCCGCCACGGUCCUCGUCAAUAAAAGACUUCCCGGUCCCAAGGGGAGGUGGGGAGCUCUGCUCAAAGGUGGAGGUGGUGGUGGUGGUGGAAGUGGAAGUGGAGGUGGUAGUGGAAGUGGUGGUGGAAGUGGCAGCGGCGGAGAGGAACUCAAAGACAGGGAGGAAGAAAAGGAAAAGGUAGAAGAGAUAAGUGAGGUACACCCUCCUGCACCUGCACCGCAUUUGGGUGUACCCGAGGCUCAGCAGAUCCUUGCCGCUCUCAUGGACUUCAAAGUGGACAUGAAGCUGGAGGUGCAGAAACUCCAUCAGAGGAUAUCUCGGAUCGAGGAAAAGCUGACUGAAUUUUCUCCCGGAGAACCAGUGAGGAGAGCCAGGAGAGAGAGGGAAGUGCGGGGGAUGUUGGAAGAGGAGAUCCAGGAACAGGCAAUCCGAGGUACCCCGGUGAUCAAGGACCCUACUCCACCGCCUGGUGGGGGAAUGGGCUCUCGCAUCUGAGUCCCUUACCUCUUUGUUUCUUCCCUUGAUGAAUAAUUUGAACUGUGAAGGUCCGUCUGUGAUGGAGCCUAGUCUCUCCUCUCUCUUUCCCUCAUUCCCCCCCUCUCUCUCCCUGUGUCUCUGCCAUUACUUUUUUUCUCUCCCGCCCUUUGCCCUUCUUUCGAAAUGCUUUGACAGUCUUGGACCUGCUCAACGGCCUUAAGAUAAUGACAAGCAUGGUUCAAAGAAGCAAAGCAAUAUGUCAGUUAAAGGAGAAGGAAGGAGGGAACUUAUUUCUUGCCGUUUUUGCCUGUUGAGAGGAGCCAUAUCCUUGAUCUCUACUUGAUUCCUUGACGAUUGAUUACACGAACGAGUGUGCAAUAUGGAUGACGUCCCUGAAUUCCAUCCCCUUUGCCAAGGGUGGACAUGGACGCAGAUAUGACAGACUUUCUCUGUGAUAACACUCCGAUGAUGGUUGCAUCAUUCAGAGAUUUCCAAGUGCAAUAAAGAGAUUCUUAU